UUUCCCGAUUAAUUAGCAGCACUCACACUAUUGAUGACACGAUAGCUGAAAAUCACCACUGACCCUGUAGGAAAUGAGAAAGAAAAAGAGGACGUUUAUUCUUCAUCACCUACAGUUUCUGCUGGUUGGCAAAACGUAGGCAAGACCAGAAAAGCUAUUUCUACCCUGAAAAAUGCAGAGGACAUGCUAUGUUAGAAAAAUUAGUCCAGUGGUACUUGAAAGACAACCAAUAUCAAUGUUUUAGGAUAUACAUUUUAUUAUUGCUGCUUGGGAUGAAAUUGACCCACUCGAUUUUCCAGAUUAAUUAGCAACACUCACACUAUUGAUGACAGGAUAGCUGAAAAUCACCACUGACCCUGUGGGAAAUGAGAAAGAAAGAGAGAACGAUUAUUCUCCAACACCUACAGCUUCUGCUGGUUGGCAAAAUGUAGGCAAGACCAGAAAAGCUAUUUCCACCCUGAAAAUGCAGAGGACAUGCUAUGUUACAAAAAUUGACAACUUUCUAUCCACACACAGUACCUCAAACAAAGUACCCUUGACAGAUUUCUCUCUGCUGGUAUUCAUCUAAUAAAAACGAAUUACCGGAGGCGGGAAACUUGAAACGACUCAAAACAUCACGAUAAAUAAUAAACAAAAAUAGAAGGAAUAUCCAUGGAUUUGCCCCAAAAUAUAAAGAAAUUGGAUGAAGCAGUAAUAAACAGAAUUGCUGCGGGGGAAAUCAUUCAGAGACCUGCCAAUGCUUUAAAAGAACUUAUUGAAAACAGUUUAGAUGCUAAAUCAUCCAAUAUUCAAGUAACUGUUAAAAAUGGAGGACUUAAAUUAUUGCAGAUUCAGGAUAAUGGAACAGGUAUCAGAAAAGAUAAUUUCGAUAUAAUUUGUGAACGUUUCACUACUUCAAAGCUAGAAAAAUUUGAGGAUCUUUCAUCAAUAGCUACUUAUGGUUUUCGUGGAGAAGCGUUAGCUAGUAUAAGCCAUAUUGCUCACCUAACAAUUACUUCUAAAACUUCAAAUGAAGUUUGUGCAUACACUGCUACCUAUGUGGAUGGCAAAAUUCAAGGAAAUCCAAAACCUGUCGCUGGCAAUCAAGGAACAAUAAUCACAGUAGAAGAUUUAUUUUAUAAUAUGACUGUUCGAAAAAAAGCAUUAAGAAGUCCAGCUGAAGAAUACCAGAAGAUAUCAGAUGUUGUUAGUAAAUAUGCAAUUCACAAUGCAAAAGUUAGUUUCUCUUUAAAGAAGUCUGGUGAAAAUAAUGAUGUUCGUACUCCUUCAAAUUCAAAUACAGUUGAAAAUAUUCGAAUAAUAUAUGGCAAUUCAAUUGCAAGAGAAUUGGUUGAGUUUUCCUUAGAUAAUGAACCUCUUAGUUUCAAAGCUAAAGGAUUCAUUACAAAUGUUAACUAUUCUAGUAAGAAAAUUAUAUUUCUUCUGUUCAUAAAUCACAGACUUGUUGAUUGCCAAAGCUUGAGGAAAUGUAUAGAUCAAGUAUAUGCUACGUAUUUACCAAAAAAUUCACAUCCUUUUGUAUAUAUGAGUUUAGAAAUCAAUCCAACUUAUGUAGAUGUCAACGUUCAUCCUACAAAACAUGAAGUUCACUUUUUAAAUGAGGAUCAAGUUGUUGAAGCUGUUGUAACAGCUUUGGAAAGCAAACUUUUAGGUUCAAAUAAUUCUCGAGUAUUUUACACACAGGCUAAGCUUCCGGGAGUGCAAGUAGAACCCAUUUUAUUCAAAGACAAAGAAAAAAAUCAUAUCGACAAAGAUAAAAUAAAUAAAACAAUAAAUCCCAAAGACUUAGUUCGUACAGAUGCAAAAGAACAAAAAUUGGAAAAAUUCUUUGGUAGUCCAGUUAUAAAACCAAACGAUCCAAAAACAUCUAAAACAGAUUGCAAUGUUUCUUUCACUGAAGAACAAUAUGAGAUAGAACAUACAAAUUUCAUGAAAACAGGAGAAGAAUUUGAAAAUAAACUUUUAAAUAAGACUGUGCAGGAUCAUAAAAAUAGUGAUAAUCCAUUAAAAAAUGUUGAGAAGAAAAAAAUUUUGUCCACUUCAAUGUCUAAAAUCAGCAGGAGUGCAACUGAACUCACAAGUGUUUUGGAAUUACGAAAAUCAAUAGAAGAAAAUUGCCAUAAAACAUUGAGAGAAGCAUUUGCUCAGCAUGUAUUUGUUGGUGUAAUUGAUCCCAAUAGAGCUUUAAUGCAACACAAUACAAAAUUAUACCUGUGUAAUACUAAAAAAAUUCUAGAAGAACUGUUGUAUCAGUUUGUUAUUUAUAAUUUUCAGAACCUUGGCAAUAUUAAUCUUUCUGAAAAAAUUUCCAUUCGAGAGCUGUCUAUGAUAGCGCUCGAUUUACCGGAGACUAAUUGGACACCUGAAGAUGGGCCAAAAGAAGAAUUAGCUUUACGAGUGGUUGAAAUAUUGAUUGACCAAAGAGAAAUGCUAGCAGACUAUUUUUCGAUGGAAAUUGAUGAAAGUGGAAAUUUAUGCUCUGUGCCAUUGCUUUUGGAUAAUUAUUUUCCUAACAUGUCUGGUCUUCCUCUGUAUAUAAUUCGUCUUGCAACAGAAGUAGCAUGGGAUUCGGAAAAGGAAUGUUUCGACACAUUUGCUAGAGAAACUGCAAAAUACUACAGCAAUAUAACUUUGGACACCAAAUUUGAAUGUAAUGAUUGGCAAUGGGUAAUAGAACAAGUUGCUUAUCCUGCCAUCAAGGACUUUUUCAUUCCUCCAAAAGAAUUCACGGAAAAUGCAGCAAUAUUAGAAAUUGCAAAUUUACCAAAUCUUUACAAAGUUUUCGAGAGAUGUUAAAAACUUAUUCAAAAAUUCAUGAUUCGAUUAUUAUAAUUAUUAUUAUAAUAAAGGUUUGUUAUUAUCGCA